UAUGUGGGAGUGAGAUAGUAUGAGUGAGCGAGUAAGAUGAUAGGAAAUGGUAGAUGGCGCCACUGGCGAUUCAUAUUAUAACCUUGUUGUCAUGUUGUGUGCACUCGCAAGAGACUCGCAAGUUAUUAAUUAAAAUAAACGUGUAAAACCAGUAAUCUGCGUCUAAUUUCCCCACAAUUUGGGGGCUCGACCGCGAUUGAUCUAAAGACGAACGAUUCCUGAAGAUUCAAGACGAUUUCACGAAGAUUUCAAGACGACAAGACGGAAGACGCACGUGGAUACGUGGGUGAAAAUUUUCGUAGUUACUGGUUUUCGGUGUGUAAAGACGUACAAAUUACGACGCGAGUGAAUUAACACAACAAAAUCAUGCCGAAAGGACGUCGCGUGAAUGCAAGUGCUUCUUUUGACGAGACUGUGGUGGCUGAAACACGGCCCGUGAUGCAGGUUGGAUUUGGGGACGACUUAGUUCCUAAGUUCAGUGGCCAAGACAAAAUCUACGCUGUCUCGAGGUGGAUUCAAGACGUGGAGGACAAUGCUGAGAUACUGCAGUGGACUCCGUUGCAACAACUUAUUGUCGCGAGAAGAUCGUUGGUGGGCACCGCGGCGCUAUGGCUGAAAUCAGAGCGGCCUUUCAAGACGUGGGACGAGAUGAAACAAGCGUUAGCCAAAGAAUUUCCGGAUUCCAUAGAUCAAAAAACACUACACGAAACCAUGGCCAGCCGUAAGAAACAUGAAGACGAGAGCUGCCUCGAUUACCUUCUCGUCAUGAAGGAGUUGGGCAAACGCGGCAGGAUGGCGGACUACGUGGCCAUAAAAUACAUCAUAGAAGGCAUACAAGACGCAGAAUGCAAUAAGAUUAUGUUGUAUGGGGCGACCACGUACCCCGAACUCAAAGAAAAGUUACGUAUAUACGAGGUGGUAAAAGAAAAACUUAAGAUAGAAGGUGCUACCAGAAGACCUAGGGAACCUAUGACGCAUACAAGACUGCCCAGACUGCCUGCGCUGAGAUGCUACAACUGUGGAGAGAGAAACCAUCACUCUAGAGAAUGCCCGCAUCAACAUCUUGGGCUAAAAUGUUUUAAGUGUAAUGGUUUUGGGCAUAUCGCGACGAGUUGCAAUGUCCAGCCACGCCAGCCAGAGGGGGCGUCGCAAUCGGCACAAACUUCAACAAGCGGAAACUACGGCGGCCAAUCAGAUGCAAGAACUAGCCGUCCAAACUUCCGGGGACAACAGUCAUUCCGGCAGGUUGGCAACAAUGGCGGCGGAGAGACGCGACAACUUCAAGGUGGACCAAGACGGACGAUGUUCGCAGCGGAAAAUCAAGAUGCGACGACAGAGGGCAGCACCUACGCAAACAUGGCGGAUACGAGGAGCAAUGGCGUGCCGAUCGAUAUGUCAAUCGAUGACAUUGACAGACGUUUGACAACUGACAGCAAUGAGGUUAUGUUGAACGUAAACAAAGAUGUUUCAAACACGACGAAGGAAAUAUGGUUGAAAAAACCCGAAAAAGACGUGAAGAUUAUGGAAAAUAUGGCAAGCGCACUUAUCGACACGGGCAGCGAAGUGAAUUUAAUGUCGGAAACGUUCUACAACACAAUCGGAUGUCCCAAAUGUGAUGAUGAAAUACUUGCGUUGUCGGGACUUGGACAAAUGAAAGUGCAUUCUAUGGGAAAGUUGACGGUUCCAGUGAUUAUUGAUGGACACGAAUAUCACAAAGUUUCAUUCCAUGUCGUUUCUAAAGACUCUAUGCCGUAUAAGUUAAUAAUAGGACAAGACUUUUUACAAAAUGUGACAAUGUUAAUGAAUGAAGGGAACAUAAUGUUAUUGCCGUCGAGUGAGGAUUGGUUGCGCAAUAUUUCAUGUUUUGUUUCAGAUAGCAUUUAUGAUAUAGGUUGUGAGGCUAGCCCAGCCAUCCAACAACAGGUGCAGGGUUUGGUAGAAGGCUACCAACCAAUGAAGACGAAGGAUGCUCCCAUUCAACUGCGUAUUAUACUGAAGGACGACAUACCUGUGGCUCAGCGACCAAGACGGCUGGCCAUCAGUGAACAAGAAGAAGUUGAAAGGCAGAUUGAACAGUGGCUCAAAGAUGGAAUAAUUCAGGUGAGUUGGUCAGAAUAUGCUAGUCCAUUAGUGUUAACUCGGAAGAAGGAUGGUACUACUCGGAUUUGUAUAGAUUACAGAUUAAUCAACAAGAAGAUGGUUAAGGACGAGUACCCAUUGCCGAUCAUUGAGGACCACAUUGAUCAGUUAGCAUCAGCGAAGCUCAAACUGAAAGACAGGCCGUAGAGCGGCUGCAAGAAGUACUGCAAGUAGCAUCACAGUAUGGACUGGAGAUGAACUGGAAGAAGUCACAGUUGGUUGU